AUGGAGGGUUUGAAAAGUAGAGUUAGGUGGUUGAUGAUUUUGAUGGUGAUGAUUAGAGUGCUGCAUGUUGAAUGCAGGCAGCCUGUGCUUCAUAGAGUUGGAGGGGGAAGGUUCACUUGGGCUCCCAAUAUUGACUUCACAGAGUGGUCAAAUCAGGAGAACUUCUAUGUGGGUGAUUGGCUUUAUUUUGGGUUUGAUAAGCAUAUCUACAAUGUUCUUGAGGUGAACAAAACUAGCUAUGAUAAUUGCAUUGACAAAGAUUUCAUAUAUAAUGUUACAAGAGGCGGGCGGGACGUGUUUAACUUGACGGAGGCAAAUACAUAUUUCUUUCUCAGCGGCCGAGGUUACUGCUUUGAGGGUAUGAAAGUCGCUGUUCAAGUUCGGGAAAUCCCACCGGAACCACUUCUGCUUAACCAUGGUUUUCAAUCAUAUGUCUACAUCCAUGCUAUUCUACUAGCAAUGCUUGCCACUGCUUGUGCAUGCAUAAUUCUCUUCUAG